AUGUCGGUCUCUAUUACUGAUCUGGUCGAUUUCGACCAGCAGAGCCUCUACAUUUCGGCUGCUGCGAUCGCCUUCAACCCGUUAUUCUGGAACAUCGUUGCCCGUCAAGAAUACCGCAACAAGAUCCUCACAAAGCUCUUCCUGGGCAACUCCCAAAUCGCCUGCUACUUCCUCGCCCUCACCAUCUUCUCGCUAGGCAUGGUCCGCGACUACCUCUACAAGGAAGCCCUCGCCCCGCAACCCAGCCACCCGGCCCUCGAGACUGACGCCGUAAAGCUCGCCUCCUACGCCCUCUUCGCCGCUGGCAACAUCCUCGUCAUCACGUCGACCUGGGCCCUUGGCAUCACGGGUACUUUCCUCGGCGACUACUUCGGCAUUCUCAUGGACGACAUGGUGACGGGCUUUCCCUUCAACGUUACCGAUGCGCCCAUGUACUACGGAUCCACGAUGAGCUUCCUCGCCGCGGCGCUGUAUUAUGGAAAGCCGGCUGGUGUGUUGCUUACGGUGUGGGUGUUCCUCGUGUAUAAGGUUGCCUUGGCGUUUGAGAAUCCAUUCACUGCGGGUAUCUAUGCUAAGAGGGAUAGGGAGAGGGCUGCUCAGAAGAAGGGGAGCAAGAAGGCGGAAUAG